UUUCUAACUUUGCGCCUGUUACUUAUAAUUCUAGUAGAGUACUGAUAACAUACUAAAAACAUGAAGGUAGAUUUAAUAAAAUGGAUAAUACUUCUGUCAAUAUUUAGUAUUAUCGUUUGCGAUGAAAGCAACCAUUUGAUUGAUGAGACGGUAAAAAAUAAAUCGUAUGUGUUCCAAACAGAAAAUGAUGGCAGCUCGAAUGAAUGUAAUCCAGUCAGUGGUGUAUCCUGCCAAAGCAAACUUCCAAUUCAAGACGUUAGAAGAGAUGUGAUGGAUAUAACUAUAUCUAAGCGUAGUUCCCACAAUAAUAAGUACCUGAAAUGCAUUCAAAAUUUCUGGAAAAGAGGUCAAAUGUGUGCUAGGCAAGAAAAAAGAUUGCGGAAAAAGCUUAAAUGCAUAGUGAAAUUUCCUUUGUGGGAAAAGGCACGACGAUGUAAAAGCGAAGAUGAAGGCAUAUGGAACAAAGUUCUUAGAUGCAUAACCAAGGUUGAUUCAUUUCCACGGUCUCUGAUGUGUAUGGUAAAAUUGUCUGCAAAUAUUCUGCAUUGUAAAAUCGUAAAUAAUCAAUGA